AUGACGACUGCAUCAGCAGGGGUAAAGAAACUUGUAUGUCGUAGACAUGAGCGUUGUCACACCGGAUCUAAGCCUUAUGUCUGUAAGGAGUGUCGCAGACCAUUUGCCAGACAAGAUGCUCUUGUUCGGCAUGAGAAGCUGCAUCAGCGUGAUAUGAAUUCAAGGGAUGGCUUACACCAAGCUUCCGUUCCCCCGUCUCUAGAUCCCAUGACUUCAUGGGAAUCAAGCAGCGCGUCUACAGUUGAUCCAGCUUCCACUUCAGCUACUAGUCGGUCUUGGGAUGAGCCGCAAGUUGUGCACCAUUCGGCUAUGCAAAAUGUGAACGAUUUGGAUUUCGCUCUGGUCUGGCCUGAUUCGGAGAAUCUAUUCCAUAGUCUCAUGUCCUCGGAAGCUACCGAUCAAUGGCAGAUCCCGUUGGGGACACUGCCAUUCCCACCGGUCGUGCAAGAAAUAAAUGGUGUAAGUUUUGGUUCACCAAACUCAUUUGAUGACCGAAGCUCAUCAAUCGGCUCUAUUCCGUCCGGUGGAGGACACCAAGCCGUGCGGGAUGUGACGGACAUGAUUACUAGCUCGUCCUCGAGCGUCACCGCUGCCGUCAAAGCCACAUCGAUCACAUCCGUCUUUCUAGAUGAAUGUCUUCACAUGUUCUUUGUUCGUUUCAUUCCAACAUUCCCUCUACUGCACCGAGCAACGUUCGUCUUUCGAGAAUGCUCCCAUUCCUUACUCCUUAACGCUAUAGCCAUCGGUUCAUUGUACCUUGGCCCAAGUGAUGCUGUUGCGAAAGGGGAAGCUUUAUGGCGGCUUGCACAUACUGCUGUUGCCACCUCAUGGCAAUCAUUAAUCACACACAAUGGCCCAUAUGACGCCUGCAAGGGCGUGCAGUUGAUGAUCACUGCACUUCUCGGUCAAAUAUACGGAGGAUUAUCCAGGAAUCGUGCAAUUCGGACCACAAGCCAAGUCUUCCGUCCACUUGGCUUCUUCUGGGCUCGCCAAUGCGGAAUGUAUGACAGUGAGCCAUAUUCGAUGGAGAAUCUACCUUCAAACGACGCCCCUGCUGCCGAGAAAGAUCAUCAGUGGCGGAUAUGGGCUGCACGGGAAAUACAGCAGCGUGCUUUGCUUGCAUACUACGUCCUUGAUGGACUGGUAGCCCAGAUGUCUGGUGAUGGACCAUCUGCCCGACAUGUCUCGAAUCCGAUGAGCCUUCCCAGUAGCGAACCCGCUUUUGAUGCGAGCAGCCCUGAUGAAUGGCUGGCACACAUGCACUCUCAAAAACCCGAUCAAUCCUCCUUCCGACUGGUCUUUCGGUCCUUGUUCCCACCCGUUGGUAAUUUUAGGGCCCUGGACUACCAAUUCUCCGCCUUCGCUCUUCGGGUCGUAUUGGAGGGCCUUCAGUCCUUGAUCUCUGACGGUGAUGAUGAAAUGGCAGUGGACGUUCCUGGCCAAUCUGAUGUACGAAGAGCUUUAGCUCAAGUGCACGAGACCAUCUCUAUGAGUAUACAUUUCUCUGCUGCCGAGAGGCUAGAGCUGCUUUUGCGCUGGCAUACCGUCUGCCUCGAUACAAUGAUCAACUCAACUGUUUUAGCUCGUCAUGUCUGUUCUCGUUACAAUAUUUCCCAACAUCUAUCCGGAGGCUGUCGAACAACCCGUCCAGGGUUCGACCUCAUUCAAUGGGUCGACACCGAGGACGCCAAGCGAGCGGUCCUCCACGCCGUCGCCAUUCAAGACAUCAUCGAGCAAUUACCUCGUGGUCGUGCGCACGUCGUGCACAUGCCAAGCUCCUUGUUUGCUGCAGCUACGAUCUAUGUCGUCUUUACUCUUGCUGGGGUAACGACCGUCCAUCUCCCCCGCAAUAUCGUAUGGCAAGAUGCCCUGCUGUCCCAUUCAGACCUCCAUCUCGGCCACGAUGACAUCCGCCCCCAGUCUGGUUCCGAGACACGGUGUUUCGUGACAACGAACCAAGGAAUGUCUCCCGUUCUCACUGGUGGUGCUGUACGCAACCUUCUGUACGAGCUCAACUCCAUUCAAAAGCUUUUCCGCUGUCUUUCAUCACAGUGGGGAAUAGCUCAUGACAUGGAGAAUAUUAUCGCCCAAUGGAUUCAACUAUGUCACUAG